AUGUCAAGCGCAGCACAAGGUGAGGCAUUGGUCAUCCGACGAAGGCCUCACUACAAGUCUCGAACUGGGUGCCAGCGGUGCAGAGCCAGAAGAGUCAAGUGCGAUGAGCAGCACCCGUCCUGCAUCAACUGCCUCAAGCGGGGCGUCAAAUGCGACUACAUCCAGCAAGCAGCUGAUCAGCAGACCCCCGAGCAUCAAGAGCUUGCCCUGGAGAAGCCGCCAUACCUAGACCUUGAAAUGUUCCACCACUUCUGCGCCCUGACGGCUUAUACGCUGUCCACCGAGACGCCCGUGCGCGACAUGUGGCGUAUCCAUGUGCCCCAGCUCGCGCUAGGUGCCGACUACAUCAUGGAUGGCAUAUGUGCCUUUGCUGCCCUUCACAAAGCCCACCAGGAGCCGGAUCGCAGAGAGUCCCUCCUGUACCAUGCGACUCGCUACCACACCAGCUCCCUGGAGAAGGGCCUCCCGCUUGUGUCCCUGAUCACCCCCGAGAACGGCAGCUCGAUGUACAUUUUCUCUCUGCUCACACUCUUCUUCAACCUUGCUCGACCCCGGAGGCUGGACGACUCCAUCAUGCUUGGUAGCGGGCUGCUUCCCGGGCCGGUACAACUGUUACGCGGGACCCAUCUGAUCAGGGAGUCGCACCAUGCGCUCGACAGGUCGCCCGUGGCCCUCGUCUUCCAGAGCACUGAAAGGAUCUUCAGCUACUGGAAGACGCAUACUCCGAUCGAGCAUCCGGCCUUGUCUGAGCUCCACUCCCGGAUCGUCAGUCUAGAUGACAAGGAUAAGGAGAGGGAGCGUGUUCUCCUUGGGGCGAUCCAUACACUGAGCCGUAGCUACACGUUCCGUGAUGACAUCUACAAUAUCGAGGAUAAGUUCAGAGGAUACUACACGUGGCUUUAUGAGGUGGGCGAGGACUAUCUGAAUUUGCUGAGCGAGGCCAACAACGAGGCCAUGUGCAUCCUCGUCUUCUUUGCGCCGCUGAUACGAGAUCUGGAAGCCGAAUCUUGGUGGGUGGAGGGAUGGUCGUUUUACAUUUGUGAAGAGGUUUAUUCUCUGCUCGGCGAAGAUUUCAGACCCUGGAUUGCGUGGCCGAUUGAGCAGAUUGGAUGGGUUCCCCCAGCGCAGACAGAAGAAUGA